AUGGGAAAGAAUAAAAAGCUUCCGUCGCGAGUAGCUAAAGCCUCUCAAUUACUGCCACUUUCAGACAAUAACGCGGUCGAUUUAAGUCGGGAUAAGAAGCAGGAAUGCAUGUCACAAAGUUUUGGAUCGCAAGUGGAUGCAUUGGCGCAGUUGCUGCUAGACGCUAAUGCACCUGCUGUCGGUGUAAAUGCAAGCGGCGGAGUAACUGUCUGGAACAAACGCGUGGCUGAUAUUACAGGCUUUUCCGCAGAACGCGUACUAGGUCGCCCCAUUUCCGAUUUUGUUUAUGGUGCUCAGCGCAAGAGUGAGGUUAUGACCGUCAUUUUUGCCUGCAUCACCGAUAGGCGUUCAGUGCUGGAAUUGCGUAUUCCACUACUUACUACGACGGGGAGAAGUGCAGAGGUACUGACGAAUAUGACGCCACUUCUGGCCAAGGACGGUACCUGCGCUGGCGUCUACGGCGUUGGCCAGGACGUGACAGAAUGGACAAUUCAGGAGAAGCAAUAUGCCACAGUCAUGAUGCAGGCCAAUGCACCCAUCAUCGAGUUGGAUAAGGAGGGAAAUAUCACCGUAUGGAAUUCCAAGACGGAGUCCAUGACGGGGUAUGCAAGUAUGGAUAUGGUAGGCGAACCGCUACUACCCGUCGUAGACGAGAGCUUCAGAAAAAUUGUUUCGGAAAAGAUAGAGCAAGCAUUAACGGGCAUCGCAGGUGCAGAUUUUGAGUUGCCAUUGGUGACAGCAAGAGGAUCGAGAGUAGAGAUCGUGUUGUGUUUGACACCACGAUUUGAUGCUUUGGGAUCAGUCGUGGGAGUUGUCGCCAUUGGACAAGAUGUGACGGAGCGAAAUACAAAAGAGAUGGAGUAUAGGAAGCUUAUUGAGACGGCUAACGCACCAAUCUUUGGCGUGGAUACGCGAGGACGCGUAGUAAUAUUUAACACCAAGGCAUCGCACAUCAGUGAAUACUCGCCUGAUGAAGUUAUGGGUGUAGAUCUCGUGGAUACAUUGAUAUCCGAAGAGUUCAGGCCUGCAGUUGCUGCUGUCUUUCAGAGUGCAUUUAAGGGUACCGAAACCGCGAAUUUUGAAUUUCCGUUGAUUACGAAGACAGGCCGAAAAGUAGAAAUUUUGCUGAAUGCUACUCCGCGCUACGAUCAUACAGGGCAGCUUGUUGGUGUCGUCGGGAUUGGGCAGGAUAUAACGGACCGGAUAAUUCAAGAGAAAGAGUAUAGCCGGUUGAUUGAUACUGCCAAUGCUCCAAUUUUUGGCGUUGACUGCAAUUGCGAAGUAAUUAUCUGGAACAAAAAGGCUGCAGCUAUCACAGAUUACUCGAACGAAGACACGAUUGGCCAGAAAAUCUUCACAUUUAUAUCUGAAGACUAUCGUGAUGCGGUUGGCAAGGUUUUGUCAAAGGCUAUGGAGGGUGAAGGGACAGCGAAUUUUGAUUUCCCACUUAUCACGAAAAGUGGUCGACGAUUGGAUAUUCUACUAAACGCAACACCAAAAUACGACCAUUUUGGCAACAUUUGUGGUGCGGUAGGAAUUGGUCAAGACAUUACAGAUAGACGCGCUCAAGAGCAAGAGUACACUCGACUUAUAGAUACAGCAAAUGCACCGAUUUUUGGAGUGGAUGAGAACGGGUGUGUUAACAUAUGGAACCGAAAAGCUGCCGAUACGACACAAUAUUCAAAUGAAGAGGUACUUGGGGUCAACUUAGUUGAUAACUUUAUUCCGGACGAUUUUCAGGAGGCAGUAUGGACAGUGUUUUCUCAAGCGUUAAGAGGGCAAGAGACAGCAAAUUUUGAAUUUCCGCUCAUUACCAAGGACGGCCGUCGUGUAGAGAUUUUGUUGAACGCCACUCCGCGUUACAAUGAGAAGGGUGUAGUAAUUGGCGUUGUUGGUAUUGGUCAGGACAUUACUGUACGCAUGGCACAAGAGAAGGAAACAAAUAGACUGAUUCAUUCGGCAAACGCCCCAAUAUUUGGCGUAGACCAGUUCGGUCGUGUCAACAAUUGGAAUUUAAAAGUGGCAGAGAUUACUCAGUAUUCAUCCAAAGAGGUAAUGGGAAAAGACCUGGUGCAUGGGUUUGUGGCGGACGAUCAUCGCGAAUCAGUAGGAAAGCUGCUGCAGAAGGCUCUCCAUGGAGAACAGACUGGUAUGACGAGUUGGGGCAGAUCUUCGGCGUUACUGGCAUUGGCCAAGACAUUACGGAGCGUAUUGCCCAGGAACAGGAAUAUAUCCGCUUGA